UAUCGAACAUGGAAAAACAUUUACGCCCCUAUCGCCUCUCGGGACAUAUACAUCACCAACUUUGCAUAUCUAUGCUACCUAUGCGACGUAGCACGCUGUCGGAAGUCCAUCAUUUACGACGACCUUGUUCCCCGACUGACCCGUACCAUUACCUGUUUCGCUGAUCUCCGACCAGAAAACUCUGGAGACACAGAAGCAAAAAGGGUCUACGACAUUCUGAUAAACCUGCCCAACGACACUGGCUUCAGAGCAUUGUUUCCACUCGUCGAAUUUAUCUCCUUCGAACUCGUGUGGACCGGCGGUGGACGAUCCACAGAUGUAUCAGACGUGUAUGGUCUCCCCAUUCAUGUUCGCUGCUGCCGACACCUGUCAAAAUCUGCACAAAAAGACGAGGACGCUCAGAUGGAAGUAUAUAUUUUCAUCACAGACCCGGACCCUUUGUCGGCGUUGUACCGCAGAAGCUCGUCUUCCGCAUUCUUCGCACUGCGCGGCGCCGGUGUCCCUGUGAGGGACGCAUUACGUUUCCAUCAAACCGCAUAUGUAUUUCAGGUGAAGGGGGAUUUCGAGGGUAUCAAUCGACGUUUGUGGAUGGCUGCCAAGCGAGUUCAUGGAAUAAGGUGUCUUGCUGGGCCCUUCUAUUACUGGAAAUACCAGUGGUCGCAGUGGUCAUUACCUGUUUUAUACUCCCCUCACGCCGUAUACAUGUUAGAGUCGUCAAGUUCCCUUGACUUGUUGACUUCUCCCCUGGGCUGGCCUUUCAAGUUCUAGAGGCUUGUAUGUAUAGUAGCGUCGUCAGUGUCUAUGUUACGUUUCUUUUUAGGAGCACCGACGACUAAUAAGAC